UUUUCAGAAGUGAAAAUGUCGACAGACGGAGGUCAAUAUUUGGAUUAUAGGGAUGGAGGAUGGAGGGGUAGAGGAGGAGAUGGAAGUGGUAGAGGUCGGGGUGGAGGAGGUAGAGGACGAGGAGGUGGAGGACGUGGUGGUGGAGGACGUGGUGGUGGAGGACGUGGUGGUGGAGGACGAGGAGGUGGAGGACGAGGAGGAGAUGGGCGAGGAGGUGAUGGACGAGGAGGUAUUCCUCCCGGAUUACGAGGACGUGAAAUAGGAAUGUACUUUGCAAAGAAAUCCCGGGAGAAGCAGAAGAGAGAGAGAACAGAAGCUCAUCUACCCAAGGAUAAACUCCACUACCUCGAGAGGGAGCUGGAGAAGGCACUUUCUGCUCAGAGUGCGAUUACGGGAAAAUCUGAUCAUCUUCAAAAAUUGAAAAAUAAUAUCAGAGGGAAUGCUAUGAUGGAUGAAUUGAACAGUUUAGAGAAGAAACCUCGGUUGGAUCUCAAGGAUAAUAUGGAAAUCAUGUCGAGCAAGGACGAUUAUCUACUCCGUGACCUGCUGGAUGCUGAAUCCAACGAGAUCAUGGAAAUCAAAAAACGUCCAAAGAAUCUGGAUCAGUUUAGGAAAACCCUUCCGGCCGCCGAGAAGAGAGAUUAUAUUAUUGAUUUAGUUAGAAAGCAUCAAGUUACAGUUAUAACUGGAGAAACGGGAUGUGGGAAAACUACCCAGGUUCCUCAGUUUCUUCUAGAGGAUUGGAUAGAGAGAGAAGGAGACAAAUGUAGAAUAGUUAUUACUCAGCCCCGACGGAUCUCCGCUAUAUCAGUAGCAGAACGGAUAAGUCAGGAGCGCGGAGAGAUUCUGGGCGGGAGUGUAGGAUAUCAGAUCCGACUUGAAUCCGUCCUACCCAGGAGAAAUGGAUCAAUUCUUCUCUGCACAACAGGUAUAGUUCUGCAGUGGUUACAGAGCUGCCCAACCCUGGAUAAUAUUACUCAUCUAGUCCUAGACGAGAUUCAUGAACGUGAUAUUCAUUCUGAUUUCCUGAUGACCAUCUGCCAAAACAUCCUGCCCGUGAGGCCGGACCUCCGCCUUAUCCUGAUGUCGGCGACGAUGGACUCGAACAAGUUCUCUAGAUAUUUCAAUGGUUGUCCUAGCGUUCAUAUCCCCGGGUUCACUUACCCAGUACAGGAGUUCUAUCUAGAGGAUGUUCUGCAAAUGACAAAUUUUAGACCAAAGACAGGAGAGAAAACGUACUCAAGAAACCAUAAAUCAAGGUCCAAGUAUAUGGAGGAGAUGGGACCGUUCCUUAGGCACAUUGAGAGCUCAGGAAAGUACUCUGUUAGUGUCCUGGAGUACCUGAACAACCCUGAGUGUGAGGAGUUGAACAUGGAUCUCACUGCUAGCAUAGUAUCGCAUAUACACAAUACAGAGGAUGAGGGGGCUAUCCUUGUAUUUGUUCCUGGUUUGGAGCAAAUCUCUAAACUAUACCGACUCCUGGAGCCAGGAGGGUUGCUAGCUCUCUCGGGUUCAAGUGUUAUCUUUCCUCUCCACAGUCUGAUGCCGACCGCCAGCCAGCGGGAGAUAUUUAAACCCCCAAGUCCAGGGACCAGGAAGGUGAUUAUAGCGACCAACAUUGCUGAAACUUCAAUCACAAUCGAGGACGUGGUUUACGUCGUGGACUGCGGCAAGAUCAAGAUCAAGAAUUUUGACGUGGACUCUAAUACCUCAACCCUGCAGCCGGAGUGGAUUAGUUUAGCGAACCUGAAGCAGAGAAGAGGUAGAGCUGGAAGGGUUCAGCCCGGUAAAUGUUAUCAUCUAUUUACUAAAGCUAGAGAAGGAUUACUUGAAUCGUAUCUGCCCCCGGAGAUCUGCAGAACCAGUCUGGAGGAGGUUAUCCUGCAGAUUAAACUCCUGGAGCUCGGAACCUGCUCCCAGUUCCUCCAGAAGGUUCUAGAUCCUCCAAGUAUCGAAGCAGUUCGUCUCUCCUUGAAUACUUUGAGAACCAUUAACGCUUUGGAGCUGAGGGGUGGGGGUGAGGAGUUGACUCCACUAGGGUUCCAUCUAGCUCAGCUCCCCUUGGAUCCUCAAACUGGGAAGAUGAUCCUGAUGGGAGCAAUAUUCUCCUGUCUUGAUCCCGUCCUAUCCGUGGCAGCAAGCUUGAGCUUCAAGGAUGCGUUCAUGGUCCCCCUGGGGAAGGAGAAGGAUGUCGAUGGUAUAAAACAACUCUUUGCUGGUAGAACGAUAUCUGAUCAUAUGAUGCUGGCCAACGUGAUCACGGAGUACACGCAGUCCAGGAGCAAGAGCAGCUUCUGCUGGGACAACUACAUCUCGGAGUCCGUCAUCAAAAUGCUGGUAGAGAUGAAAGGUCAGCUGGCUAGACACCUGUUCAAUAAGAAGUUCCUGAGCUCAGAGAAUUACAAGUCCGAGGCUGCAAACCUCAACUCUAACAACGAGGCGCUGGUCAGAGCCAUCAUAUGCUCAGGGCUCUAUCCUAACGUGGCCAAGAUAAAGCGCGUAAAGAAGCAUGAGCAUGAGGACACUAUACUGUGUACUGCGCGCGAGAAACGAAUCCUAUUCCAUCCCAAGUCAGUUGUCUCCAAGACGAAGAAGUUUCCUUACUCCUGGGUCGUCUUCCAUACCAAACAAAAAUCCAGUCAGACAUAUCUUCAUGAUGCAACCGUGGUUUCCCCGCUCUCUCUUCUAUUCUUCGGUCAGGAGGUUCGAACUGGGUUGGAAACUCUCGAAAAUUCGAGAGAAAGACUCGAGACAGUGAGUGCAGACUCCUUUAUAACCUUUAACUGUGAGAGGAGUACAGCUUCUAUAGUAUCCAGAGCAAGGUCAGCUUUGGAUUCCGUCAUAGAGGAGAAGGUUUCCCAUCCCAGCUCCACCUGCUGGCAGAGUAGUCAAGGAAGGAUUCUUAACCUCAUUGUCUCCUUACUAGACACAGAGCUGGAGGGAUUACAGUUCGAGGAGGAGGAGGAGGAGCAGGGUUCAAACCAGAGAGGAGAACCUGGAUACCAAAGAUUUGAGAAUAGUUUUGAGAGAGGAGAAGGGAAGGUUGGAAGGAAUCUGAGAGGGAAAGACAGAACCAGGGGAGAGGGGGAGAGAUUGAAUAAAAACUGGAGUCCUUGGUGAUCUAAGGCUGUGAUUUAAUACCUUCUGCAGGGACGUAUACAGGAGGUAUAUGGCGACUAACCCCCCCCCCCUUUAAAACUAUAGUUCUAGGGGGUUUUCAGUUGUCAACACGGGCUAAGCAGUAAGCUUUCCUUUGAAAAUUAGUUGAAUGAAUUCAAACUCAUGUUAAAGGAUCAUUCAUGACAGAUAUAUUAAUACAUUGUUUUGUUAGUUACGAAAAUUUUUUUUCAUUUUUUUUGAUAUCAAGUAAGCAAAUUUUUUAUGUAUUGUUUAUAUUGUUGAUUCAUUAUUUCAGAA